GUCUGGUGUUUGAUUAUUUAUUGUUCCAAGUGUAUGUUUUUACAAUGAAAUAAACCUAAAACUCAUGGAUUAAUCUCGGACUGAAGAGUUUAACGUGUAUAUGUCAGUCAUUUUAUUGGCCAGGUCCUUAAGUGUAAGGGAAAAUGGACGGGCAAGGCGACGGAGACCACAAUGGUCCAAAUCGUUACCGUAUGUCCAUGCCAAUAGGAGAUCUACCAUCUGAUAGUGAUGAUGAUGAUGAUGAUGAUGAUGAUAAUGAUGACCAUGACGAUGUUGGUGAUGAGGAAGACGUGGAAUCUGUUUUCCUCAUGCAUUUAAUAGUGAAUCAUUACAUGAGGUUCUUUGUAAAUCCGCGAGCAGAAUUGCAACAUCAUAAUACUGAUGAUGUCAAUGAUGUCUAUAUUGAAAACAACCGAGGUAACUUUGAUGAUAUCAUUGAACAUGAAGAUGAGAUGGAGGUCGCUGCAGGGUCCGAGGCUGAGUUGGGAGUCAACAACCUCAUGGACGAGGAUGAAGAACCCCAGCCGGGACCCUCGAGGAACCGAUCGAGAGAUGACGACGAAGAGGAAGACGAACUGAGAAGCAGCAGCAGAUAUUUCCGAUGGUGGCACGAGUUCGAUAACAGUUCUGACGGCAGCACCGACUUAGAUGUCGACGAGCAGGACCCUCAGCCCGGCGGAUCCAAGAAAAGGUCAAGGGACGACCAGGAUGAGAAUUUAAGACUGCAGGGGGACUUGUCCCUCAUGACUCUCAGCGGCCAUCACGCCCACGCCAAGAACUCUGUGAUGGACGAACAAGGAGCUACGAAAAUGGGAGAUUAUCCCUUUGUGGAGCAAGAGACUGUGGAAGACACGCUGCUGCUGCAUUUGGAUGAACGGUCGAGAGAAAGCUAUGACAAAGAAAAGUGCGGCAAAAAAAGGUUCAAGAAAUGACAUUUAGUGUAUAGUUAGUUAUAUUUCAAAAGUCACUUCUAUUCCUUAUUAUACUCGUGCCAGUCAAUUGUCCUUAUUAAUUCUGCAAUGACUGCUCUGAUCAAUGCAAACAAUCUAAUUGUUACACUAGGUCCCAAGCAAAAGUACUCAAGUAUAGAUGUUUGUUAAAAGUGAUCACUGAAAAAAUGCUAUUUUACAUUCUAUGAACUAUACAAACAGCAAAUAGAAAUAAAGGUAGA